UACUAGCAAGCUACUCCCAAGACGCUCUUGUAUUAUGGGACGGAGGGAGUAGCACAGACGCCACCACUUCUGUUCCCCUAUCAAGUUUCCAAAUCGAUGAAAGCACCAAGGGCAGGCACGGCGAAGCUCAAACGGGUGAGGGUAGGGAUGCAUCGAUGACAAUUCUGCUUCUCUGCAAGUGUCCGUCGAUCCGAUCGGUGGAGACAGGCCUCCUUCCACGGUCGCGCGCAUGGCUGUGGGCAGGAGGCCGGAGCUCCUCUUCUUCUUCUCCACAGCCGGCAGCUUGCUUCUCGGCUUCGUGGCCGUGUUCGUCGUCUCUUGCCUGGACGACCCAUACCACCCAGCGUUCAGGCUGCCCAACCAGUUAAUGUGGUGGGCUUUGAUGUGCGGUGCCUUCCCGUGGAGCGCGGUGCUGCUCGCGUUACAGAUGAAGUGGUUGUCUUCCGAAGGCUGGGAGCCCACCAAUGUCGAGCUCCUGGUCCUGAGCGCCGUCGAGUGGGUCGUCGCGUGUUUCACCUUCGGCCCAGCGUGCGCCGCCCUCGCCGUCUACCAGUUCGCCAUCCAGCACAACUACUGCCGCCCGGGGGCCGUCGUGUGCUUAAUGUACCUUGUCGCCGUCGCGACCGCAUGCGCCGCCGGGGUUCUCGCCGCCGUGUCGGCCUUGGGGAUGCUCUGGAUCCUCGCUUCCCGGUUCCGUCCGGCUCAUGCGGCCUAGUCGGCCAGCCUCCGCUGACUGCCGCGUCUUCUUGUUAGAGCCCAGGGAAGCACUAGUGUCAUGGAUACAUCGUUAGUAGUUCUAUACAACUAAUAAGAUCACGAACAGGGGUGACGUAGAGCGGUAGAGGUCCUAGCUUAAUUAGCAUGUUCACAUGAACGGAUACAAUACCAAGUUCCUAACUGCUACUAACUAAAAUCACCAGCGUAUGAUCAGUGGUGAUCAGUGGAGUGCUAGCUUAA